AAGCAGCAAUGUUCUUGCUAGGAUGGUUUGACGAACAUUGCAUGAUAAUGUAAUCAAUCUUCCCUUCCUAUGCAAUUAAAAGAAAGAAUCAUCCCGUCGUCGAAGCGGUAGAAGCAGGCAGAACAACAGCGGCCCCACUAAAAUUUUCCAGGAGACUGUGAUGAUGGCCGGCAGCUGUUUAUACUGGCAUUGCAUCCACUGACAACCUGAACCCGGGCAGGAAAUUGUCAUCGAAACUCACAACAACAUCGACGACAGACAAAAUGGCCAACAAAAGGAAACGCACGCCAAAGGAGGCUCCCAAUGACAACCUCCCUUCUCAGAAAAGAUCAAAGAAAGAAACGCCAGUGACAGAUGGUUCGACAAAAACCAAGGCAUCAUCAAAAGUCCAAGACAAGCCGGCGCCCUUCACCGAACACCCCACCGUUGAGGAGCGCAAGAGAGAGCUUGCACUGUAUGAGCAGCUCGGCAGCGAAGACCAAAACGAACGCAUUGAGGCUGCCAGCAUCAUCAUAGCUGGUCUUUUGGAAGGCGAUGGCGUCGAAGAGCCCGUCCUUUUCCGCCAUCUUGCCGGCCGUCUCUUCCGCGGUCUCGCCAGCGGGAGGAAUGCAUCCCGUCUGGGCUUCAGUCUGGUCUUGACCGAGAUUCUGGGUCAGCUGUUUGGAGAAAAGUACCUUGCUGGGUCCAAGUACACCGGCCUUACGUUCGACAAGGUCCUGGGUAUUCUGGUUGAGAAGACCGAUGCUGGAGGCAGUGGCAAUGGUCAGGAGGAGAGAGAUCAUUAUUUUGGCCAGUUGUUUGGCAUCGAAUGCUUUGUUCGUGCCGGCAUCCUCUUCUCGGAUAAGUCGAGGUGGCAGGCCGUUCUGGACCUCGUCCUCAAGCUUUCUCAGAAGAAGUCAUGGCUCAAGUCUCAAUGCGGCUGGAUCAUUGUGCAGGCCAUCUCCCAGAUGGAGGUCGAACUUGCCGAGGAAACGCUGCAGAGACUCGCCGAUGAAGGGGUGGCCAAGACCCCUGAAGGUGUCGGUAUCUGGAUUGCCGCUCUCGAUCGCUUCCCAGACAUGAAAAUGCCCAAACAGCCGUGGCGAAGCCCUCUUGAGGCUGAUUCCCUUACCUCUCUUCCUGCUGUCCUGAAGGACAGUGGUAGAGAUACCUCUAACGAUCAAGCGGGUAACAAGAAACAGAAGCAAGGUAACUGGACUGCCCAGUUGCACUUUGUCUGGAACUUGAUUCUUGCCCAUUUCCUUAAGCUUGGCGAGAAGGAUAAGUCCGAUGCCGCUGAGCAGUUCAAGCAGUUUUGGAAGCGGGUCGUUGAUGAGGGAUUCUUCUCCAAGACCUCCUCGGACAGCCAGAAAUUCUCCGGUUUCAUGAUCUUCCAGCGAAUGCUUGAAGGCGCAGCCAGCCAGACCUUCAUCGUUGAGUCCGUAUUUAGCCAGAACCUCAUGACUUGCCUCAUGAACCAAGCCGCCAAGGAGGACAGGUAUCUUCACCGCGCGGCGAUCAAAGCCCUCAAAGGAAUCGAAGCUACCGUCGACCGCGAUCCCUCCCUUCUGCCGAUGAUUCUUCGCCAGCUUCUUAGUCGCAAUGGCGUGUACAACUUCGAUCAAUGGACCAACGCCAAGACUGUCGACAAGAUCCUUCAACACGCCACCCCUGAGACCAUCAAGAAGGUCCUCAAGACCCUACAGCUCAAGGACUUCUCCAAGAGCGGCCUUGAUGAGACCAAGUACUACCAGUCCCUGAGCAGCUACCUUUUCAGGCUCUCUAGCGUGCCAUCCGACGAGGAGAGCACCUCAAGCGUCUCCGUUCCUGGCUCAGCGAUCGAGGUCCUCACAGAAUUGGCUUACUCGAACCAGUCAGUCCCAGCCAGCAUCAAGGAGGCGCUCCGCACCAAGACCACCUCUGCCUUCGCCAAGCUCGUGAAGAGGCCCGAAGACUUCGGCCACCUCUGCGGCGCCAUCCUCUCCAUCAAGGCCGACCUGGACCCCGAGGACGAGAUCGGCGGAGCCGUUCUCGAAGCCUACGAGAAGCUCAAGGACCUGCUCGACCCCGCCAAGGACACCAAGGACACCAAAGCCCCCCGCCAGGCUCUCGCCCUGCUGUACGCCGUCGCCAUCCUGCAGUUCUACAAUGAAGACCCCGACGUCAUGAACCUUCUCGAGGAGCUCGAGGAGUGCUACGACAAGCUUGCCGGCGAGGACAUCCAAGGCGGCGAGGGCAUCGCCGAGUUCCUGGUGGAAAUCCUUCUCGCCAUGGUUGCUCGCCCGUCUUCGCUUAUGCGGCAGGUAUCGCAGCAGGUUUUCGAAGCCUUCACAAACCUCAUGUCGUCCGAAGCCAUCAAGCUUCUGACCGAUCCCCUGGCCGCCGAAGAGAGCGCCAAGGGCCAGCAAGCGCUUUUCAGCACCGAAGAUGAAGACAUGGCCAACGCCGAAGGCUCUGACGACGAGCACGAUCACGACCACGACGGAAGCGACGACGAGGAAGAACUCGAUUCCGACGUGGAAAUCGUCAACCUCGAAGAAGCCGGCUCCGACGACGACGAACCCAGCGACAACGACUCCGACUCUGACAACGACGACGACGACGACGACAACACCUCAGAACCUGAAAACGAAAACCAAGAAGCCCUCGACGCUUUGGACACGGCCCUAGCCGAAGCUCUCGGCAGCCACCGCCUCGACAAAGACGCCGACGCUCCCGAAGGUUCUUCGGACGACGAGUCCGACAUGUCCGACUCGGAAAUGAUGGAAGUCGACGCCAAGCUCGCCGAGAUCUUCAAGCACCGGGCCAAGGCAGCCAACACCAACAAGAAGAAGGAGAAAAAGGACGCCAAAGAAACAGUAAUCAACUUCAAGCACCGCGUCCUCGACCUGCUAGCCAUCUUCAUCAAGAAGGAAGCCGCCGUCGCGAACCCCCUCGCCUUCGAGGUUUUGCUCCCCCUCUUGGAGCUCAUCCGCACCACCACCACCAAACCGCUAGCCAACAAAGCAUGCGAGAUGAUUAACCAAUUCUCCAAGGCCCUGAAAAAGGCCAAGAGGAGCAGCUUUACUACUACUGAAAUCAUCAGCGACGAGCAGGUUAAUGAGUUGGUGGCCCAGUUGCACGAGGUGCACUCGGAGGCGCCCAAGGACGGGUCGCACGCGUUUGCCAAGGCGGCGUCGACGGCGAGCUUGGCCAUCGCGUCGGUGUUGGUGGCGAGGGAGAAGACGGACGAGGUGUUUGAGCUGUAUGCGGAUUCGCAGCUCAAGUGGUUCAAGGGCGAGGUCAAGAUCCAGCCGGCCUUCUUCUCGGAUUGGCUUAACUGGUGCCAGAGCCAUGCUAGUGCUAGUGCCAGUGCUGCGGCGGCUACGCAGGAGUAGAACUAUGUACAGAGUAGGUGGUGUUGAUAGGUUGAUGGGUUGAUGGGGGAGGGGAAGUGAUAAUACCAUACCAGUUGUGUGUUAAAUUAGGUGCAAAAAAGGACCGGCGGU